GAAGCCCCUUGUAAAAUGCAAAGCGCUUUGCCCCGCUCUGACUCCUGCCUGCGGAAGGGUUCAGUGCCAAAGUGAAAGACUUCCUAAAAAUGGGCUGAUCCAGGGAGGGGGGCGAUUUAGGAGCUAUUGAGAAACAAGGAAGGACAAACAGUGUUAGGUCAUUACUUCUGCAAACACAGCCAAGGCUGUUCUCUAUAAAAGGGACAGAAAGCGGUUCCAGAGCCAUCACAGACUUGGAGGGGACGGUCUGUGACCAAGGCUGCUGCACCCCUCCCACGGCAUCCGACCCCCUGCUCGAGCAUGAAACUCGCACUCUUCACUGUGCUAUCCUUCGGGAUAGUGGCUCUGUGUUUUGCUGCUCCCCAAAAGCCAAGUGUCAGGUGGUGCACAAUAUCCUCAGCCGAAGAGAAAAAAUGCAACAGCCUGAAGGACCACAUGCAACAAGAGAACUUUGCUUUCAGUUGCCUGCAGAAAGCAUCAUACCUCGAUUGCAUAAAAGCCAUUUCGAAUAGCGAAGCAGAUGCCAUUAGCUUGGAUGGAGGUCAAGUUUUUGAGGCAGGCCUUGCUCCCUACAAGCUGAAGCCCAUCGCUGCUGAGGUCUACGAACACAGUGAAGGCUCCACUACCAGUUACUACGCCGUGGCCGUUGUGAAGAAAGGAACAGGCUUCUCCAUAGAUGAGCUGCGGGGCAAGACCUCCUGCCACACGGGGCUGGGCAGGUCGGCGGGCUGGGUCAUCCCCAUUGGGACACUCAUCCACCGCGGGGACAUCGAGUGGGACGGCAAAGACUCGGGCUCCAUCGAGCAAGCUGUGGCAAAUUUCUUCUCUGCCAGCUGUGUUCCUGGUGUCACCACUGAAGCCAAACUGUACCGUCAGUGCAAGGGGGAUGCCAAGACCAAAAUGUCCCGCACAGGACCUUAUUCUGGAUAUUCUGGAGCUUUUCACUGUCUGAAAGAUGGGAAAGGAGAUGUGGCUUUUGUGAAACACACAACUGUUCAAGAAAAUGCCCCAGCUGAGAAGGAUGAGUACGAGCUCCUGUGUCUGGAUGGCACCCGCCAGCCUGUGGACAACUACAAGGCCUGUCACUGGGCCCGGGUUCCUGCUCAUGCUGUUGUGGCUCGAGAUGACAGCAAGGUCAAUGACAUCUGGAACUUCCUCUCCAAAGCACAGGAAAAAUUUGGCGUGGGCACAACUAGCACCUUCCACCUCUUUGGGCCACCUGGCAAGAAGGACCCAGCCCUCAAAGACUUGCUUUUCAAAGACUCCGCAGUACAGCUGAAGCAAAUCCCAUCACUGAUGGACACUCAGCUCUACUUGGGCUUUGAGUAUUACAGUGCUGUCCAGAGCCUCCAGCAAGAUCGCCUGACCCCCAGCCGCAGAGACAACAAGAUCCAGUGGUGUGCGAUCGGCAGGGAUGAGAAGAAGAAGUGCGACGUCUGGAGCGUGAUGAGCAACGGGGAUGUGGAGUGUGUUGUGGCAGAGGACACCAAGGAAUGCAUCACAAAGAUCAUGAAAGGUGAAGCAGAUGCCAUCAGCUUAGAUGGAGGCUUUGUCUACACUGCUGGCAUAUGUGGCUUGGUUCCAGUGAUGGCAGAGAGCUAUGAGGACAAUCACUGCGAAUCACAAGAAGAACCAGCAACCUACUUUGCUGUGGCUGUUGUGAAGAAGUCUGACAAGGAUAUCAGCUGGAACAACCUGCAGGGUAAGAAGUCGUGCCACACUGCCGUGGGGAGAACUGCUGGCUGGAACAUCCCCAUGGGCCUGAUCCACAACAGGACAGGCAACUGCAACUUCGAUGAAUACUUCAGCCAGGGCUGUGCUCCCGGGUCUCCUCCCACCUCCCGCCUCUGCCAGCUGUGCAAGGGCUCAGGGGGGGUCCCUCCGGAGAAGUGCGUUGCCAGCAGCCACGAGCAGUACUACGGCUACACCGGAGCUUUACGGUGUCUGGUUGAGCAGGGGGAUGUGGCCUUUAUCAAGCAUUCCAUCGUUGAGGAGAACACUGAUGGCAAAAAUACAGAAAGCUGGGCCAAAGAUCUGAAAUUGGACACAUUUGAGUUGCUGUGCACUGAUGGGCAGCGGGCAAAUGUCAUGGAUUACAGAAGAUGCAACCUGGCCAAAGUCCCGACCCACGCUGUGAUGGCACGUCCUGAGAAAGCAUCACAAGUCCGUGACAUGCUGGAGAACCAAGAGAGGCUGUUUGGAGCAAAAGGAACCAGGAAAGACGAUUUCAACAUGUUUGCAUAUGAAUCCAAGGAUCUGCUGUUUAAAGACCGGACAAAGUGCCUGAUCAAGCUCCGCGAUGGAAUGUCGUACAAGGAGUUCCUUGGAGAUAAAUACUAUGCUUCACUUGCCAGCCUCAACACCUGCAAUCCAUCAGAUCUUCUCCAGGUGUGCACCUUCCUUGCAGACAAGUACGCGCCCCGGCGGUCCCAGCGCCUCAGGGAGGGGAACUACAUCUCCCGUGAGCCCCCGCGCCCGCCCUUCCCGGCGUGCCGCGCGGCCGGGGGCGGGGCGCGGGCGGCCACGCGUGCGGCCAUGGCGGGCGGGCUGGAGCCGCACCUGGCGGCGCUGCGGCGGGAGCUGGGCGGCCCCGCCGCGCUCUCCGUGCUCGUCGCGCUCCUCGCCGUCGCCAUCACCUUCCUGAUCUGGCGGUUCGUGCAGGGCAGGAGGAGCGGCCGGAGCGCCGUGCUGCUGCUGGGCCUCUGCGACGCGGGGAAGACGCUGCUGUUCGCGCGGCUGCUGUCGGGGCGGUACCGCGACACCCAGACCUCCAUCACCGACAGCUCUGCCGUCUACAGGCUCAGCCAGGACAAGAGCACUAAUGUGACCUUGAUCGACCUUCCAGGCCAUGAGAGUCUGAGGCUGCAGUUCUUGGAGAGGUUCAAGGCCGCAGCCAGAGCCAUCGUGUUCGUGGUGGACAGCGUGGCCUUCCAGAGGGAGGUGAAGGACGUGGCAGAGUUCCUGUACCAGGUGCUGGUGGACAGCACCGUGCUCAGGAACGCGCCCGCGCUGCUCAUCGCCUGCAACAAGCAAGAUGUCACAAUGGCAAAAUCAGCAAAACUUAUCCAGCAACAGCUGGAAAAAGAGCUCAAUACCCUGCGGGUGACACGCUCUGCAGCCCCCACCAGCCUGGAUGGCUCAGCCACGGGGGGCCCUGCCCAGCUGGGGAAGAAGGGCAAGGACUUCGACUUCUCCCAGCUGCCCAUGAAGGUGGAGUUUGUGGAGUGCAGUGCUCGAGGCAGCAAGGGAGAGGAGGGAGAGGCUGACUUGGAGGGCCUCGAGAAGUGGCUGGUGAAGGUGGCCUGAACAGAGAUGGACAGGGCUGGGGGGCUGAAGGGAAAAAGAUGGUGUGGAACACUCAAAUCUCGAUGUAAAAAGAAGGAACUUCAGCUGGAAGUCAGCACUGUGGUGUCUUCUGCUAUUUGUGGGCUUGGGAGCAACAUGACAAUUGCUGGUGUGAUUCCCUCUGACUGUCCCUUCAUGCUGCAAUGUUUUUGUCCUCUCCCCUCUUGCCCUCCUCUGGGCUGCUGAAGCUCUGGGCUUUCCUUUUUCUUUAAUCUUUAGGUUUUUCAUCUUGUAGUUGCCUAGCAAAUUAGGAAGGAGUGCACUGGCAGGUGAGUUUUAGAGGCUGGAGUGUGCCUAUCGUUUCCUGCCAUGGUUUACACCCCUCUUGCCUCUCAGAGCCACUGACCACGUUAUGGUUGGGGCUGCUGGAGAGCACUGCACAAGCUCCCUAAGUUGGGCAGGCAUUGAGAGAAUAUAAAUAGCUGUUUUCCUCUUUGUGUCUGUCUUCCCAUUGUUCCAAACUGAUGCAGCCCCAUUUCUGUGGGGCAGGGGGAGUGUGAAAUGCCCAGACCAUACUGCCCUGCUUUACUCCCUGGGCUCAGUUCUGUGCCCAUGUCUGGUGAUUUCCUCUCUUGAUCAGCUCCUGGGAGUUUUUCUUCAGCUGAAGGCUGUGUCCUGAAAGCUUCACUCUGCUUUUCCUUCCAGGCCCUCCUCCCACAGCCAGGAACAAACACUCUAAGAGGGGCAGAGCUACAGGGGGUCAUGGCAUGAAACUCUGAGAUGGGCACAAUUUCAGAUCUGUACCUGCAGCUGGCACCUGUUGUGCCAGGCAUUUGCUGUGCAAUCUCCUGCUGCCCCUGCUCCAGUGGCUGCAGGAAGGGCUUGCUUUGUGUGUAAUUAAUUAGUCAGCACUUAUGGCAGAGUGAGAGGGAAAGUCAAGGAGCUGCCAGCAUGUGUGUGUGCUUCCUCCUGGUGGCAGAGAUGCUCAAGGAAGAGGGGAAAGAAAUAGGAGAUCUUCCCAGUUUGUAUCUCACUGCACAUUGCAGAGUUCCAGUGCAGUGACAUUUUCCCUUUGUGGCUUUGUGUUGUUUUAGGGUUGAGGGGGGUGGCUGGCUCCUGGCAGACCCCUUUUGUAGUUUGUAGGCCACUCCCCUGUGGUUUGAGUCCUCCUUCAUCACUCAUCUGUUGUGUUCUUUUCUUUCUCUGGGGCUUUUCCUGCCUUCCUGCAGCAUUGCCAAGUGUUGGGAAGAGCAGGAACAGCCUUCAGCAAAACCCUGUGCAUAUAAUGAAGCUGGUCCUUGCAUUUUCAGCCUCAGGAACCAUCCAUGCCAGAGGUGGGGAGGGUUAUAUUUACCAAACAUGUUACAUUCUUCUGUUUCCUGCAGGCAGAGUCCUGUUGGAACGUGUUUGUCAUGCUUUGAACUCCUUUAGCUGGAGGUCUUGGGCUGCCUGCUUCAGAUCCAUAAUGCUGAAGUGAUUUUGGGCAGAAAAUUGCUGUUUCUUUGGGUGAUUGUUCUUGCAAACAUGCAGAAGCCGAGCACCAGCCUCAGCUUAAGGGGGGAGGUACCAUGAGGCCGUGGUGGGUUUUAAGUUAUUAUUUUUAAAAAUAUUCCUUAAGUAAAUUCUUUUAUGCUUAAAUGUUUGUUCUCAA